GUUUGUGUGUUUCCUUUUACCAACACUGUUUUCUUUUCCAGUAGGAUUCCAGGAUAUAGUGAAACACAAAAUAUCACAUGUGUCGCAGAAUUCCAUCUCAUGGGCUUCUCAGAGGAUCCAGAACUGCAGCCCUUCCUCUUUGGGCUGUUCCUGUCCAUGUACCUGGUCACAGUGCUCGGGAACCUGCUCAUCAUCCUGGCUGUCAGCUCAGACUCCCACCUCCACUCCCCCAUGUACUUUUUCCUCUGCAACCUGUCCUUGGCUGACAUGGGUUUCACCUCCACCACGGUUCCCAAGAUGAUUGUGGACAUCCACACUCGCAGCACAGCCAUCUCUUACGUGGGCUGCCUGACACAGAUGUCUCUCUUUCUCAUCUGUGGAUGCAUGGAUGAUUUGAUUCUGACCGUGAUGGCCUAUGACCGGUUUGUCGCCAUCUGUCACCCCCUGCAUUACCAGGUCAUCAUGAAUCCUGGCCGCUGUGGCUUCUUAGUUUUAGUAUCUUUUGUGUUCAGCGUUUCGGAUUCCCUGCUGCAUAGUUUGAUGGUCUUGCAAGUUACCUGCUUCAAGGAUGUUGAAAUUUCUAGUUUCUUCUGUGACCCUUCUCAACUUCUCAGUCUUGCCUGCUCUGACUCCUUCACCAAUGACAUAGUCAGGUAUCUUGCUGGUGUCAUAUAUGGUUUUCUUCCUAUCUUAGGGAUCCUCUUCUCCUACUAUAAAAUUGUUUCCUCUAUUCUGAGAGUGCCAUCACCAGGUGGGAGGUACAGAGCCUUCUCCACCUGUGGCUCUCACCUGUCAGUUGUUUGCUUAUUUUAUGGAACAGCCAUUGGAGUGUAUUUCAGCUCAGCUUUCUCGGUUUCUCCUGGAAAGGGUGCCUUGGCCUCAGUGGUGUACACUGUGGUCACCCCCAUGCUCAACCCCUUUAUCUACAGCCUGAGGAACAGGGACAUCAAGAGGGCCCUAUGGAGGCUCCUCAGGAAAACAGGCUCAUCUCAGUCCCUGCGCCACGCGUCUGGACUCUUGGUGGGAACUGCAGCAAAAAGAAGCAACUAG